AUGUAUUCCACCAAGUCUGAAAAGGAAAGGCCAUUAAUUGUCAGAAGUGUGAAUGCUGGUAUGGAAGUGUCAGAUGUAUCAGAUAGUGCAGAUGAUUUUACAGAGUUCAAUAAUGGUGUUGCAAUUGAAAGAAUCAAUUCAACAAAAUCAACUCCAACAGUACAAACACAAGAAAAUACACAUUCAAAAGAAAGUGAAUUGUUACAAGAUGAGAAUGAUGAAACACCUUCUAAUGAGCAAUUGAAACGAAAAAGAGAUGAAUUAAUUGGCAAUCAAAGUCAAGACAAUGGUAUUGAAGAUAAUGACAAUGAUUGGGUGGAUGUGAAUGAUGAAGAGGAAGCAUAUGAUAAACUAUUGGAGGAGAGAGAGGUUGAGAAGAAUGGUGAAAGACAUGAAGCGGGUGUAGAAUCAUCUUCUAAAAAACCAAGGAAUAAUGACUUUUAUUUGACCAAGGAGAUGAUCAAGGAUUCGUAUGCAAAAUUAGAGUCUAAAAUGUCUGACGUAAAUUAUGGAAGUUUUACACAAAUUUCUAAAUGUGGCACUGUUUGUAAAUCUACAUUGAGUAAGGCAAAUUCCAUUUUAAACAUCAAAACCAUUGAAGACUUUGAUAUUAGAGUGAGUUUAGAGGAAAAUAUGGUUUUGGUAAAUAUUUUACAUAUGGUAAAAGAGACAAUUCGAUACCAUGUAAGGUGGGUAAAGUUAAUUAAGGCAGACAAACACCUCUCUGAUUAUAUUUUGAAGGAAGAUUUGGAUCUUCUUAAAAAGAAAUUCAUUUAUCUUUUAAAUCUUGAUGGGGCUGAUGGAUUGGUGACAUUUGCUUUACAAUUAAUUAAUUCAAAAGCAUUUGGAAAUCCAAAAUCAAGAGAAAAUGUUUUUCCAAUUGCUGGAUGGAGAGGUGGCGAAGAAAAGCUUCGUUCAAUAUCUGAUGGGAUAAAGUUCAUGAUUGAAACGAUGCGAGAGCAGGGUGUUGAAGUAGAUGGAGUUGUUUAUCAAGUUGAUUUUUGGGUUACUACUGAUUUACUUUCCUUAAUGAAAAUCAGUAGAUUACUUUUCAAACAAAUGUGUCCUUACUGUAUGACACUUUCAACCAUUUGUGACAGACGUCAUCAACUUAGAUUAGCAACAGAAUUAGGAUGUAUACUUUCAAUUCCUCCCUCCAAAGUAAUAAUUUGUCUAUUACAUAUGAAAGAGAGAGUUGUUGAAAGACUACUAAUUGAUUCCAUAAUGUUAUUAAGUAGUAACAGAAAGGUUAUUAGCAUUUUGAAAAAAAUGGAACACAUGGAAAGAUUCACUCUUCGUGAACUCAAAACCAAAAAAGGGGUGAUGUACAGGUGCUAUCUUACUGGAAAUAUGGUUAAAUCCGUAUUUAAAAACCUUAAAUGCUUAAGAGGUCAUAUUUGUGGUAGUCAAUACACCCUUCUGAUAUUAUUUCGUAGUAUUUCAAAUCUGCUUGAUAUUUCCCAACCUUUAAAUGAGAAUCAACAAGAAAGAUUAUCCAUUCUUUUGGGUAAAAUGGAGAAGCUGUAUUGUACUGUAUACACAACGAAACCAAAAAGUUGGUAUUUACACAUUUUAUUUCAUCAUGUGCCAGAUUUAUUGAAAUUUUACAAAACUAUCAAGCCAUACGAAACUCAAGGUUUUGAAAGUGCUCAUAUUGAUGAUAAGGAAUUUAUGUCUCAUACUUCUCAUAAUGGCGGUAAAGAAUCAUAUCUUGAUCGAAUGUUUCCUGGAUUUAAAGAUCAAAUGUUAAUUCAGUUUUUGAUACCGAGAUUGAAAAAGUUAAUGCUGUGCAACUAUUUCGAUAUGAAAUUUCAUUUUGUUGAAAGGAGAACACAAUCAUAUAUUAACUUUUUGAAACAACCAUACCCACCAUGUUCCUUAGUAUCUUCUGAAGAAUUGAUUCACUCUAACCCUGAAUCCACUCCUUGCAACAAUAAUUGCAAUAAUCAUAUUGCAAUUACUGUUUUAAGUCAAUACAAUCCAUCCGGAAAUAAUUCAACUGGAAAUAUUAUUUCGUAUAAUAAUGAGGCUGCUACUCAAGCUUUUGAUAUGGCCAUUAACAUUAUGGAAGACAUAGCUUUUAAUAAGAAAUUCCAUGCUGAAGAGGGAGAAAUUCAAUACAGAAAUCUUCAAUUUGAUUGCCCUAAUGCCGAACAAAAUCCAAAUCAAACUACUCAAGAACUUAUUGAAUUACUCAAUGAUUUACAAGAACAAGUUAGAAAUGCCUAUGAAGAAAGAUGUGAAGUGAGAUUUGCCAAUCUUGCAGCCACAAAGAUUUUAAAGAAGUGUAAUCAAUUAUUUGAUGAAGUUAAACCAUGGAUUCUUGUUAAGGAUGCAGUAGCUAAUGCUCAACAAAUUGAGAUAAUAAUCAUCUAA